GGCGCGGUGCGGCCCGAGGGCGCGGGGCUGGCGGAGUGAGGCCGGGCCGGGAGGGGCUGCGCCGGGGCCGCGCUUUGGCAGCCUCCGCUGUCGUGCCGUCGUGGGAGGAGACUGCAGGGACGGAGUCGCAGCUGGCGUGCCUAGUAAAAAGUUAACGCAAACGGAGACUGAUAUUCUUAACCAGGCUGGUAACUAGAACCAGUGUUCUGCACUUGGCUCUGUAGCUACAAGGAAUGGCUAUGGAAGAUCCCGACAGGAAAACAGAAGUAGUGCUGCUGGCCUGUGGGUCCUUCAAUCCCAUUACCAACAUGCAUCUGAGGCUAUUUGAGCUGGCUAAAGACUACCUCCAUGAGACAGGAAAAUACAAAGUAAUCAAAGGAAUAAUUUCACCAGUAGGCGAUGCAUAUAAGAAGAAGGGUCUGAUCAGUGCUGAUCACCGAGUAACUAUGGCAAAAUUAGCUACCAACAACUCAGACUGGGUGGAAGUUGAUGACUGGGAAAGCAGCCAGAGUGAGUGGCUGGAAACAGUAAAAGUUUUAAGGCACCAUCAUGAAAAGCUUUCAUCCCCUGAUCCUACUGUUAGUCUGCAGAAUGCUUUACCUUUAACAAAGCCAGGACGGAAGAGGAAACAAGAACCAAAUAGGCACGACCCCAUUAAGAAGAAAAAUCAGAGUCCAGAUGGAAAAAAUGUCCCACAGGUUAAACUGCUUUGUGGAAGCGACGUGCUGGAAUCCUUUGGGAUCCCCAAUCUGUGGAAGUUGGAGGACAUCACUGAAAUUAUACAAAAUUAUGGCCUUGUAUGCAUCAGUAGGGCUGGAAACAGCACUCAGAAAUUCAUCUAUGAAUCUGAUAUUCUGUGGAAAUACAAGAAUAACAUUCACCUCGUGGAAGAAUGGAUCACAAAUGACAUUUCCUCCACCAAAAUCAGGAGAGCACUGCGAAGAGGCCAGAGCAUUCGUUACCUAGUGCCUGAUGUGGUUCGGGCAUACAUAGAGAAAAAUGAUCUGUAUAGUCUAGAGAGUGAAGACAGGAAUGCUGGGGUUACCUUGGCUCCCUUACAGAAAAAUGCAAGUGAUUCUAAGAACUAGCAGACACUUUACAGAUAAUUUUCUUUCUGGUGUGAAAAGAUAAUAGUUCAGUAGACAAAGAUGGGGUUUUUUUAGUCAAUAGCAAGCAAACUUUAUGGCUUCAGUAGAUGUGUAGCUGCUCACAAGGUCUGGUUUGUUUAACACUGGGGCCUAUAUAGUAUUUAUUUUAUAAAAUCCAAUAAUAAGAUUUUCAGAUUUAGACAUAUUGUCACAGUUCAGUGAACUAAAUACAAGAAUUUACAGUAGUGCAUGAGAAUUACAAAGAUGAACAAAGCAAAUGAAAAUAUUGUGAUUUCUUCUAGCUCAGACUGCUCUGACUGCUAUUUAUGAAAUAGAAACACAAAUAACUCAGUGUUAUAAGUAGCAAAUCCAUCUUACUUUGAAAUACACCACUUCUGAGAGUAAAUCUGCAAUAAUUAUUUUUUAAAACUGCUAACAUGAUGCAACUUAAAGAAAUUAUUUGGCUGCAUCCUGUGGAAGGAAGAAGUUUACUGCUGGGUGCUAGCUAUACUAUGCUUUCAGUUGCUUGCCUUUCAAAUAUGAAGCCCGUUUGCUGUCAUGCAAUUUGCACCCCAAAUACCUUGUGCUUUUGUUUUUCAUUCACAUUUCUAGAACUGUAGGAUAAGGUCAGCAGCAUUUCUCAAAUGAGGAUAGACCUACUUCAAAAACUGGCUUAUAGCCAUUGAUUUAAUGAAUAUAAGUUAAUAACAGCAUCAUUGCAGAUUUUCAUGCCAUUUUCCUUUUAUUUCCAAUAAUAACUGAGCCUUUAUUUUGAGCCAAAUAUAGAGAGACAGAAUUGUUUGCUGAUACUGGAGUGGAGAAGAAAUAGUUGGACACUAGGAUUACAUAUAAGCAAAAUAUUUUUCUUUGCUGGAAAUCUGAUUUAGAAUCUAACAAAAUAUUGUCUCUACUAUAUCAGUAUAAACUAGAGAGGUAUUAUGAAUGCCAUAGUAAUUGAAUUCUACCUCCCUUUCUUUGCUGCCAUCCCAUUUUUUCUUUGGAUUAUGUGCCUUACUAGAAGUAUCAAGGUUUCCAAGGUGCUAACACGUCAGUGGCUUUUUCACAGUAUUUCCACACGACAGAUCUGUUUGCAUUUUUCAGAUUCACAAAGCCAACAGAAUGAGAGGUUCUGAGGGUGUGCAGGGCUCACAUAGAAGAAGAGUCAACACUUCAGUGGGAAGAGCUGUAAUCUGCAGUGGGGCUAGGAUCAGGGAUGCACACCUGGAGCCUCACAUGAUAUUCUGCAAUUACCAUAGAGCAGAACUUCUGUUCUGCUAGAUCCAGCCUGCAUAAAUAGCCAUCUACAGAGGACAUACAAUGAGAUCAAAAUUGAAUCAGAACUUAACAGGUCACCUGUAACUGCAUGGUGACAUAACGUAGCUCCAAGGAUUCUUGCUUUUUUUUUUUUUUUUUUUUUUUUUUUCUGGGUGAUUCCUGCAUUAAAUGUGCCCAUUCCCCUGGAGCUUAGGCAAGCUUACACUGUCUUUUGAUAAUGAGGCUGGGCUCAUGCAUAAUCAACAGGAGUAAUGGUACUGAAGGACAUAUUAUGCACCUCUGUCAUGCUUCAGCAAUCAAAAUGCCACUGAAGAUUGAAUAUAAACUAUACUACUGAUGCUGCAUGGGGAAGGACAAGAUCUGUAUUUCUUUUCUGUCUGCUGUCUCUAUGGCAGAUAAGAGCAAAGAACAAGACUUAAUUUAAAUUACUCAACUCGAUUAGUGUAUUUCUGAAUAAACAGAGCAGAUCUAUCAAGUAGGAAAGCACCCUAUUUUGUGUGGUCACUUUUCAGUGUAAAAAUGUGCUUUUGGUUUACUCCUUUAAGUAGUGACACUGGUGUGUAUGGGUGUACUUCGUGCAAUUCUAGAGAAACUGCAUAUUUAACAGUAAUAAUAACAAUUUAAUAAUAAAAAUUUAAUGCUUCAUAAAGCACUGAUUAUCAGACACUUCUAUUUCACUGUGUUUUCAUGUAGUUACACGUGAUGGGUUUUUCAAUAAAAUAAAUUGCAUGUAAUAUGCUAGUUUUAGUCAUUAGCCAAAUCUGAUGUCUGUUGAUUGCAUGACUUUUAAGUAGGAAGAACAUUGUUGGUAGAGAUUUUUCCAUACAAAACAGAACAUUGUUCAAAAAUUGCUAUGAAUAUAGAUCUUUUGUUCUAACAGUGAGAUCCAGAAAGCUCCAUUACAACACUGGAAGUAAACACACAGAGAGAAUUUACUGUUCUAGUCAGUUCUGGAUAGCAGCAUCACAGUUAGUGAAGUGUCAUAUUCCAAAGUGAUAAAGAAGUAUAACUUCCAAGAGUGAACUUUAGAGAGGAGCUAUAUUCUUCAAAAUGUAAAGUUUGUGAAUAAUGCAGUUCACUGAACUUCUUUAUAGAAGUUAUAAUGUGUUCAUAAAUGUUCUGUAAAAUAUAUUGCCUUUUUCUUCUUG